AUGACUAUAAUGGUCCUUGCAACAGAGAUCAUGUUACCGCCGAGGCGAAAUUCAUUUGGUGGAUCAGAAUCCACAGCAAGUAAAUCACCACCAAAUAAAUCUCAUUGGUGGUUCUUCACAUCCAAAUUAAAGUCAGCAGAUAGUUAUGGGGGAAGUAAUCAGCAUGUUGCUACACAAAAACUCAGACAAUCCAAAUGGUUUAAUCAAGAUGAAGAGAGAUUAUUUUGUGCAGUUAUUGAGACGGGAUUUAUUGUUGAACUUGUACAGACAAAUGUGCAGCAAAACACAAGUGAUGAAGAUGACGAUUUCCAGAAAGAUACUCCCGUUCAGUCACAUUACGGCGUUGUUAGUGCGGAGGCAAAGAAAAAUAAAAAGCCGACAGCACAAGACAUUUUUAUUUAUACAGUAUCAAAGCUAGAGAAUCGAUUGAAAGUUGUGAAACUAACAAUUGCAGAACUUUGGACUCAAGGCUAUAAAAUCCGUAUAAAUAAUAUGAAUGAUAAGUCAAAGCAUAUCAAUAACGAGAAGGAUAUAAAGAGUCAAAUCAGCUACGCCGUAAAACAUAAGACAGCCUUUCACAAUAGUUUGCAUUUCGUCGAUUAUUGUCGCUACGGUGCUCAAUUAGAACAGAAGAAGAGACAAGUAUCGGAGUCUGUAAAAUGGGGUUCAGUUGGCAUGAAUGCGGGUAUAUUCUUAUUACAAAGAGAAAGGAGUCACUCAUUUUCCAAAUAAUAGAUUUUGCAUCUAUAGACAAGACGAAAAAACAUGACCGAACGUGACAAAAGCGCAUUUUUUUACUAAAUUGAUUGUAAACAUGCUGAUACAGUGAUGUAAGAUGACCUUGUAAUGAUGAUGAAUAACAUUAUGAUGGAAAUACUACUCAAUGACUAUAGUUCUUCUAUACAAGUAUAAAUCAUUCAUGAUGUUAUCAUUAGGUUCGAGUGAUAAGUUCUAUUUAUUACGAUAAAAACCAUUUUUAUUCUGUAAAUAUUAUUUUUUAGUACCUAUAUUAUACAUACAUGUAUAUGUAUGCGAUAAGUCGCAUUCAAUUCUAAUCAUUAGAUAAUAAGACUCGUUAAUUGACUUAUUUUUCUGUGCAAUGAGAUGAGAUAAAAUAAACAAAUAAGAA